CAGCCUAUUCUGCAGUGCAAAACAACAACGAAGACUGUUCCCACCUCCACUCUCUCGCUUUCCUAUCAGAGAGUGCGCAUUGAUUCCGUGAGAAUGGGUCUCGAAGAUUUCGAAAAAGACCUCGCGGACAGCAAGGCGAAAGAAGAGAGGAAGAAGAGGGACAGAAGUCGUAGUCGCGGGAGGGAACAUCGACACCAUCAUCGGUCGAAGGAUGUAGACAACAAGCACCGACACCAUUCCUCACGCCAUCACCGCCACGAGGACGACAAAGAUGAACGACACCGACAUAAACGGUCGCGCCACCAUCGAGAAACAUCCGAAGAGCGCGCGCGGCGGAAAUGGGGCGAAAAAAAUCGAGAUGAAGAUUCACAGCAGCGCUCAGGCCGGAAGCACAGGGGAGAGGACAGACGCACUCGGUCUUCCUCCAGCGACCUCGAAGACCGCAUAGGUCGCAAGCGCAAGUCGCUACGUGAGGUAGAUGACGACUCUCCAUCUUCUAGCGAUGACGACGCCGUGCUAGAGAAGGAGGAAAUGGGACCGCCAGAUGACGAUAUUCUCGACCACCAGCUCGCCGAGGCCGCCGACGCGAAUCUGACGCGGGAUUCGUGGAUGGAAGCACCUUCCUCGUUAGGUGUAGAUUAUGUGCAGCGGAAGAAAAAAGAGGAUAAGUCAACGUAUGUGCGAGCAUCGGUGGUCUCUGAUAAACCGCAAUUUCGAAUGCAUCAAGCCGAGUUGAAUCACCGUUUCAAAGAUGCUGAUGAUGCGGAGGGUGAAGACAAAGCCGAGCCCGCGCAACGAGAUGUUGGGUAUACCUUUGGAGACGCGGGGUCUCAAUGGCGAAUGAUGAAGCUCAAGGGUGUGUAUAACGGCGCGAAAGAGACGGGGAGGUCGGUAGAAGAUGUCGCAUUGGAGCGCUAUGGCGAUCUUCGGGAUUUUGAUGAUGCUAGGGAAGAGGAAAUAGAGGUUGAUCGGAGGAAGAUGUAUGGGAAGGGUUAUGUUGGGAAAUAUAAACCUUCGGGAGAGCUGUUUGAGGAGAGGAAGCUUAGUGCUGCCAUCCACAGGCAGCCAAGGGACAACGAUGAUUUAGAUCCUCCGCAGGGCGAGAUCGUCCCUGAUCCUUGGCCUACGGCUACUACGACGAGGCUUGAUCAGACUGCGCUGAAUAAGCUUAAAGCGCAGAUGAUGAAGGCGAAGAUGAAGGGAGCAGCGAAUGCGGCCCAGCUUGAAGAGGAGUAUAAGGCUGCUGCUGCGGGCUUUGCGAGCCAGAAAGAGCCGGAUGUGGUAGUUCUCAGUGCCAUGGACAACCGCAUGCUGGCGGGAGGUCGGCAGGGGGAAGUUAAGGAAUUGACUAACAAACGAGGCCGUGAGCGAGGCCUUGUUGUUGAGAAUGAGGACAUGAGCAUCGAGGAUAUGGUCCGGCAGGAAAGGCGCACUAAGGGGCAAGCUGGAGGCGAAGGCCUUCUGCUAGCGGAAAAAAUUGCGAAGGAUGCGAAGUUUGAUAACGACCUCGACUACCUCGACGAAAAUGCUAGCAAACUCGCGGCGCGCGCGCCCAAAUCCACUAUUAACCUGCGUAGCAAUGCCAUCGCCUCGUUCCAACGCACUUCCCGCAUCCUUGACUCCUGUCCCCUCUGCCACCACGAAGACAAAUCCCCUCCGCAAACCCCCCUCGCCCCUAUUAUCUCCCUCGGCACCCGUGUCUACCUCACCCUCCCCACCACUCCCGAGCUCUCCCCCGGCGGCGCCGUAAUAACGCCCAUCGCUCACCACCCCAACCUCCUCGCCUGCGACGACGACGAAUGGGAAGAAGUCCGCAAUUUCAUGAAAUCACUAACCCGCAUGUAUCAUUCCCAAGGCCGGGCGGUCAUCUUCUACGAAAACGCAGCCGCCCCCCAACGACAAUUGCAUGCUGCUAUGAACGCGGUACCUAUCCCGUACAAAUUCGGUGAUACCGCGCCCGCGUAUUUCCGCGAAGCCAUUCUCGAAUCCGACGAACAGUGGUCCCAACACAAGCCCAUCAUCGACACGCUCAAAGCGGCGAAAUCCGGGGGUUUAGGGCGAGCGGCGUUUCGGAAAAGCUUGGCAAAGGAAAUGCCGUAUUUUCAUGUGUGGUUUGAACUGGAUGGUGGGAUGGGUCAUGUGGUUGAGGAUGAGAGAAAGUGGCCAAAGAGCGAUUUGUUUGCAAGGGAGGUGCUGGGAGGAAUGUUGGAUGUUGGAAUGGAGGUUGUGAGGAGGCAGGGGAGGUGGGAGGGGGGUGGAGACAGGAGGGUGGAGGGAUUUAGGGGGAGAUGGGCAAAGUUUGAUUGGACGAGGGUCUUGGAAGAGAGGUAG